UCUCCCGCGAUCAUCAGCCAAGUUCAGUUCGAUUCCGGGAUUUGUAGUGUUAACACGUGCCACGCGAAAAGUCGAAAAAUCGAUGAAGAUGAGGUACACCAAUCUUCUGCUUAGCUGCGCCUGCUUGCUGCUCCUUCACCUUGAGAUGGGAGCAGCCAGAGCCACCGACAGUGGACCCAGCCAGUCACUUUACGCCACAGCCCAGGGCCUUGGAUUGGAUGCUGCCGGUUUGGAUGAGAUAUGGCGUACCGGAAAGCCAUUGAUUAUCAGGAAUGAGAUGGGACCGAAUGAAGAGUCCACGAUAACCUUCAAUCUAGGUCCCAACAGAAGCACAGUAAUCAGAACAGAGCAAAAUAAGUUUCACACCUCUUUUCGAUUUCAAGAAAAUUGGGGUCAACCCAAUCCCGAGUUCUUUCUCAAUCCGUUCCUGAAUCCGUUUGGAAGUGGGUUUCCGCAGACAUUCUUCGAAAACUGGACGAGAAUAUUUUCAAAAGGCGUAAACCCGUUUCUACCUUGCUGCCAAGGAUUUAAUGGUCACCAUAAUCCGAAUAAUUCGCCCCUUCCACCAUCAAAUCUCAUUCCAAAUGAUCGCAUUCCAAGUGAUCGAAUUCCAAGUGAUCGAAUUCCAAGUGAUCGCAUUCCAAGUGAUCGCAUUCCAAGUGAUCGCACUCCAACUGAUCGCUUUUCAAAGAGAAUUAGCCCAAAUGAGCGUCCCAUCUACACGCCAAAUAUUGAUGAAUCCAAUUCAAAUGAUCCCCAGUGGGUUCCAGUACCAGAUGAUACAACCCAAUCGCCGAUAGUUCCCCUGCCCACACUGGCCCCUUCAAAUGACCCGGGGGCUGACACUGUCAUCGAUGAUUUCCUGGCAAAGGUGGAUGUCACCACCUCGGAUAUCAAGCAAGACGACGGGGAAUAUGUCAGGACGAUCGUUGAUAAAAAUGGAAGAAUUCUUAGAGCCAAAUUUGAGCUUGUCGAAACCAAAAGCCAAGAUGGCAAUCAGCCCACCAACUAAAUUAUUAAAUACUAUUAAUUCUUAACUAAAUCUUGCUUCUGAAUAUAUUUAGCCCCAUGUUUGUUAUUGAAA